AAACCUUUUGCCCUUUUCGGUCACAGUCUGGGCGCGGUCAUCGCGUUUGAGACGGCGCGUUAUUUGAAGAAAAACGCCGGUUUUUCGCCCGUUCAUCUUUUUGUGUCGGGAAGAGCUGCCCCGCAAACGCCGGAUAUUCGCGAGAAAACUUAUCAUCUUCCCGACGACGAUUUUAUCGAGUCACUUAAAAGAAUGGGCGGAACGCCCGACCAAUUGUUUGAAAACAAGGAAUUGAUGGAAUUUAUUCUGCCUGCUUUGAGGGCUGAUUUCCAAAUGGUGGAAACUUACCGCUUCGAGCCGGACGAACUUUUGGAAUAUCCGAUCACGGCUUUCGGCGGUUUGUCGGAUCAUUUGGUCAGCCGCGAAAAUCUUUGUGCUUGGGAAGCUUUAACGAACGACAAAUUUACCGCUCAUUUUCUGGCAGGCGACCAUUUUUUCGUU